AUGGGCAUUCACCCCACCGCCCCGCCCAUCCCACCUUCUGGACACAAGUCACAUCGAAACAAGCUCACGGUCAGGCCAGAGUCGUUCAGGAUUUUAGAAACAAUCCAUCCAAUUUCAUCCGACUUCUUCAUUGAAAGUGCCAGGCAAUUUAUGGAUGAGAACAUUCCCGCUUUUCCGAGUGAUUUUGCAGAGUGCAUGACGGCGGAGAUCACAGUCCCAUGCUCACCGGACUUUGCGGUGGUCUCGUCAACCCCGCUGAUACCUGCCCAGACAACCGAGAUCGUCGCGCACUGGGUAUACAUGUUCGCUCUGCACACCGCUCAACGCAUCGUAGAGCAUGCAUUCGGAGAAUGCCUUGAUGCCAGGCCUGAGAGUCUCCAAACUGAUGGGACUGACAAACCCAUAUUCGUUCCGAUCCCAUGGGGCCUCAGGUUCCCAGACGUAUCGAGUGAUUCCGAGGCCGUGGGCUCCACGCGGUCCUAUUCGAGCGAAUCAUCCAGGGACAGUUUUGCUUAUGACGACGACGACAACGUGCCCGUUACUGUGUUUGUCCAGCCUCCGUGGGUGCUUUCGGAGAAGGACUUGGAGAUGUUUGUGGCGUGUCCAACGAUCCCUCGCGUCCGGGAUGAGUACAUGCACGAACCCAUCUUCCGUUUCAACAGCCAACAGCGCCUCUGGGCGAAGGUUUUCGACGAAUGCUAUCGCAGGAAUUCGCGCUACUUUGUCAUCACGAGCUAUGAGGGAUGGGUGUUCGGCUGGACGACCGGAUAUACUUCCCAAGUGUUCUCACGUCGGUCCAUGGCACCUACUAUCCUGGAGCUGCUCGCGUACUGGCUCAGUUCCGCGCUGGGAAAACCAGGUGGCUUCCAGAUCCCAGAGGUCCCAGAACCUGUUGAGUAUCACCUCCCGGAGAACAAAGUCCUGAUUCCUGUACCUGUUAGGUCGGGGUCAGUUGCCUCGUCGGCUUCUGAGUGGGAUGACGGAACUGGUCGAUGUGAUUCUUUCAGCGAAAGCAACGGCAGCGAUGACGAUGCUGCAACUAUUCGAGAAGAUGAUGGUGAAAAUGCCACUAUUUAUGCAGCGAGCCAACCCGCCCUACCUUCGUUUAUGCAAGCACGCCCUACGGGCCCUAUUGCGCGCAUCGCGCGCUGGCGCAAGAACACAUGUCCGUCGUUUGGCGAUGGCACAGACGGCACAGCCGACCGCCGUCUGGUCCAAACAGACUCGCAGCUGUCGUUCACCACGCAGUCUUCGGGGUCAGUAGUGUUGGACUAUAGCCUCACCAACCGGCGUGAGGGCGCAUGGCUGUCGUAUGAUCCGAGCAAGUCGAACAAGCAGUCGGAAACCGUAUAA